AUGAUGUGUGAAGUGAUGCCGACCAUCAGCGAGGGUGACUCGACGAGUUCCCAGAGAGGUUCUCAGAAUGGCUCGGACGGGGAGUCCAAUUUCGAGCAGCUGAUGGUGAACAUGCUGGACGAGAGAGACAAGCUGCUGGAGUCGUUGCGCGAGACCAGAGAUGCUCUUGUACAGUCACAGGCAAAGCUUCAGGAAGCCCUUCACGAGAGGGAUGCUCUCCAGAGACAGAUCAGCUCAUCGCUGCCACAGGAGUUUACAUCACUAACGAAGGAGCUGAGUGCAUGCCGGGAGCAGCUUCUAGAGAAAGAGGAGGAAAUCUCUGAGCUUAAAGCAGAGAGGAACAACACCAGGCUCCUCCUGGAGCAUUUGGAGUGCUUGGUGUCGCGUCACGAACGCUCGUUGAGGAUGACAGUGGUGAAGAAACAUGCUCCUCCACCUUCCGGAGUCUCCAGUGAAGUAGAAGUCCUUAAAGCUCUCAAAUCUCUGUUUGAGCACCACAAAGCCCUGGAUGAGAAGGUGCGGGAGCGACUGCGUGUGGCUCUGGAAAGAGUGACAACACUAGAAGGCCAACUGACAGCCGCUAAUCAGGAGCUUGCCAUGGUGCGGCAGGGAAGAGAUGGAAAGACUGAUGGGAACAAAUUGGACAGCGCAAAACCAGCCUGGAAGAGGCUGCCUAAUGGCUCCAUAGAUGUCAAUGAUGAUUCCACUCGUGCUAUGGAGCUGCAAGAACUGCUCGACAAAGCUAAUAAAGAUCUGUCGGCGAGUCGUGAGCGUUCUAACACGCUGAAUACCCGCGUGGCUGAGCUAGAGAGCGAACUUGCCAAUGUGCGCAAGGAGCUGCUGAAGAGCGAGGAGUUCAGCGCCAAAUACCAGCGAGACAUCCGUGAGGCGAUGGCUCAGAAGGAGGAUAUGGAGGAGCGAAUCACAACACUGGAGAAGCGCUACCUGGCUGCACAACGUGAAACAACCUCCAUCCAUGACCUGAAUGACAAGCUGGAGAAUGAGCUGGCCACCAAGGACUCACUCUAUCGACAGAGCGAGGAGAAGGUGCGUCAUUUGCAGGAGCUAUUGGAGCUGGCUGAACAGAGGCUGCAGCAGACCAUGAGGAAGGCUGAAACACUGCCAGAGGUGGAGGCUGAACUGGCUCAGAGAGUAGCUGCUCUCACCAAGGCAGAGGAAAGACAUGGAAACAUUGAAGAGCGUCUUCGCCAGUUAGAGUCGCAGCUGGAGGAGAAGAACCAGGAGCUGAGCCGAGCUCGUCAAAGGGAGAAAAUGAAUGAGGAACACAACAGGCGUCUUUCGGAUACAGUGGACCGCCUUCUCACUGAAUCUAACGAACGCCUGCAGCUCCAUUUGAAAGAACGAAUGGCUGCCCUGGAGGAUAAGAAUGCACUUAUCCAGGAUCUGGAAAAUGCACAGAAGCAGUUGGAAGAGUUCCACCACACCAAGGAGAGACUGAUAGGAGAAAUUGAGAAGCUUCGCACAGAGCUUGAUCAUCUAAAGAGAAGGAGCGGAGCUUUUGGAGAUGGAACACACCCUCGGUCUCAUUUGGGCAGUGCCACAGACCUGCGUUUUUCUGUGGUGGAGGGACAGGGGGAGCACUUUGCCACCACAGGAGUCAUCCGGCGAGCACAAAAAGGAAGACUGGUAGCACUCAGGGAUGAGCCCACAAAGAUCCUACCCCUGGUUCAGCAGGACUGGGAGCGAUUACAGCCUUCCAGCCUUCGAGGCAGCCGCUCACACCUGAUGGGCAGCGACACAGAGCUCUCUGAGCUGGAUGAUGAUGACCGUGAGACCGUGUUCAGCUCAGGGGACAUGCUGUCUCCCAGUGGCCACUCAGAUGCUCAGACACUUGCCCUCAUGUUACAGGAGCAGUUGGAUGCCAUCAAUGAGGAGAUCAGGAUGAUUCAGGUAGAGCGCGAAUCAGCUGAGCUCCGGGCAGAUGAGAUUGAGAACCGUGUGAACAGUGGUAGCAUGGAUGGGCUGAAUGUGACGCUGCGCCCACGGUCCACCAUCCCCACUUCGGUCACUGCCCUCUCCCUUGCAAGCUCUUCUCCUCCCAUCAGCGGCCGCUCCACUCCAAAGAUGGCAUCUCGCUCCACUGCCCAUGAGCUCGGUGUCAUGACCCUGCCUAGUGAUUUACGAAAACACCGCAGGAAAGUCACUUCUCCAGUGGAAGCUCGCGAGGAUAAGGCCACUAUAAAGUGUGAGAUGUCACCCCCUUCCUCCCCUCGUAGCCUCAAACUCGAUCAGAUCAACUUCGCUCAGCUGACUGGAAGCCUUGAGGAUGGACGAGGUGGCAACAAAAAGAAAGGAAUCAAGUCUUCUAUUGGCCGCUUGUUCGGCAAGAAGGAUAAGCCCCAACCAAUGACUAAAGACGGCCAAAUGACUCCACCUGUAAUUCCAGAUUUUGAGAUGAGCAUUGGCGAUACUAUGACUCUGGGAAAACAGGCUGAGAGAGACCGCAGGAUGAAAAAGAAGCACGAGCUUUUGGAAGAUGCACGGAGGAAAGGCCUUCCGUUUGCUCAGUGGGAUGGCCCGACGGUGGUCUCUUGGCUUGAGCUGUGGGUUGGCAUGCCAGCAUGGUAUGUCGCGGCUUGCCGUGCCAAUGUGAAGAGCGGUGCCAUCAUGUCUGCGUUAUCCGAUACAGAGAUCCAGAGGGAAAUUGGCAUCAGCAACCCACUGCACAGGCUCAAGCUCAGACUGGCCAUCCAGGAAAUGGUGUCACUCACUAGUCCCUCAGCUCCACUCACCUCACGCACCUCCUCCGGAAAUGUCUGGGUGACUCACGAGGAGAUGGAGAACAUGGCAACCUCCACCAAAGCAGAGAACGAGGAAGGGAGCUGGGCACAGACCCUGGCAUAUGGAGACAUGAACCACGAAUGGAUAGGAAAUGAGUGGCUGCCGAGUCUGGGCCUGCCUCAGUAUCGUAGCUACUUUAUGGAGUGUCUGGUGGAUGCUCGCAUGCUGGAUCAUCUCACCAAGAAAGACUUGCGCACACACUUAAAAAUGGUGGACAGCUUUCAUAGAGCCAGUUUACAGUAUGGCAUCAUGUGCUUAAAGAGGCUCAACUAUGACAGGAAGGAGUUGGACCGAAGGAGAGAGGAGUGCCACCAUGAUCUCAAAGACACUCUGGUAUGGACAAAUGAGCAUGUAAUGAACUGGGUGCAGACCAUUGGGCUAAAGGAGUACAGCAAUAACCUUCUGGAGAGCGGCGUACAUGGUGCCCUUAUCGCCUUGGACGAGAUGUUCGACUUCAGCAGCCUGGCCCUCAUCCUGCAGAUUCCCAUGCAGAACACACAGGCUAGGCAGAUCCUUGAACGGGAGUUCAACAAUCUCUUGGCUUUGGGGACGGACAGGCGUCUAGAGGAGUGCGAUGAUAAGUCUUUUCGGAGGUCCCCAUCAUGGAGGAAACGUUUCAGACCCCGGGAUGGCCAAGGCCUGGGCAUGAUGCCUGGCUCCAUUGAGACGCUACCUGCUGGCUUCCGCCUCUCCACCAUGUCCAUUCCCUCCUCCAUGACUGUCAAUCCCAAGAAACAGCUGCAGCCUGAAGCUGGACCCCAAGCCCCUCAGAGGCUUGAUCCCUCUGCCAUCAGGACUUACUCUUGCUAA